UGGUGGGCUGGCAAAGUUCCCCGGAUGGAGUCCCGCCGCCAUUUCUAGCCCAGUGCUACCGGUCGAGCUGCUGCUGCUGCUGCGCUCGAAACCGCCAGACCCGCCCGCCGCCGCCCCGCCACCAGCCGCCCGCACAGCACCGCCAGCCCGGCUCGCAGCGCCAUGGAGGAACGAGAGGACCUAGUGUACCAGGCCAAGCUGGCCGAGCAGGCGGAGAGAUACGACGAGAUGGUGGAGUCCAUGAAGAAGGUUGCCGGAAUGGACGUUGAGUUAACGGUAGAGGAGAGGAACCUACUUUCUGUUGCAUAUAAAAAUGUAAUCGGUGCAAGGAGAGCGUCGUGGAGGAUAAUCAGCAGUAUUGAACAGAAAGAAGAGAACAAGGGCGGGGAAGACAAGUUAAAAAUGAUCCGUGAAUACAGGCAAACGGUUGAAAAUGAACUGAAAUCAAUCUGCAACGACAUUCUGGAUGUACUGGACAAGCACCUCAUUCCAGCCGCCAAUACCGGAGAGUCCAAGGUUUUCUACUACAAAAUGAAAGGAGAUUAUCACAGGUAUCUGGCAGAAUUCGCUACAGGGAACGACAGGAAGGAGGCUGCAGAAAACAGCUUGGUAGCUUACAAAGCUGCUAGUGAUAUUGCAAUGACAGAACUUCCCCCAACACACCCUAUUCGCUUAGGUCUUGCUCUGAACUUCUCUGUUUUCUACUAUGAAAUCCUCAAUUCCCCUGACCGCGCAUGCAGGUUGGCAAAGGCAGCGUUUGACGAUGCAAUUGCUGAACUGGACACACUGAGUGAAGAAAGCUACAAGGACUCCACACUCAUCAUGCAGUUGUUACGUGAUAACCUGACACUAUGGACUUCAGAUAUGCAGGGAGAUGAUUCCUAAAGGAAAAAAAAACUGUUCAUUCCAUAUAUAAACUAUACUUUUGUGAAGAACAGAACAAAGAAGCGCUGCAGGAUGUGGAAGAUGAAACCCAGUGAGACGUCACGGCCAACGAGAGAUCCACUUCUACUCCCCUUUUAAACUCCCUCCCCUCCACCGGUCCUUGGAAGUCACACUGAGAGCCACCAAAUUCGACUUUUACACUGGUUCUCAGAAUUAGUUCUGUGCCCGGUUGGGCCCCUGAGGGUUUUUUUUUUUUUUAUAUAAUUUUACCCAUUGAGAAGAAAAAAAAAAAAAAUCUUAAAAGGCAAAGCUGAAGAAUCCCUGGAUUUUUUUCCCUGGUACAAGCUGUCUUGAUAUUCGUAACGAAACUACCCUUUGGUUUGCUUCAUUGUCUUUUUUUUCUAUUUCAGCAUUUUUCUCUCUUGCUGGAUGUAGGUUCUCUUAAAUUUUAAAGACGAAAGCGUUUAUUACCAGAACAUCUAUUGUAAUUGGAUGUGAGAAUCGUAUUAUUUCUGUGUUAGUGAAACCAUCAAUGGCAGGUUAGUUAUGGGCUUGUGAGUUUUGAAAAGUGCCCUUUUGUUGUUACCUUCUGUUCCAGUCUUUCAAAGGAAGUUGGCAGAAUGUUAAAUAUCCAUGUGGAGCAAAAUACUUAAACUUUUACAACUUAGUGGUUAUUGUAAUGUUUUGUAGUGUUUUUGGACUGUAUUUUCUGUGCUAAAAUACUGUAUGCUCACAUUCUUGCUGAUUUCAGAAGAUGGCUGGUAGCAGUUUUAAAAAUCCAAAGGUGCCCUGUUGCUUUGUUUUCUUUUUUAUUUUCCUCCUAAGAGCAGGUCUGCAUCGAUGGUGUCAACCAUUAAAAAUCCUGUGUCUGUUAAUUCAAAUUGAUUUUCUUUUUUCCCCCCUUUCUAUUUCUCUCUCUUUUGUUCAGUAUGUGUAACUUGAAGCUAAUUUGUACUACUGGAUAUCUGACUGGAGCCACAGAUACAGAAUCUGUAUUGUUCUUACUGAAACACAGCAUGGAAUUAACAUUAAACUUAAAAUAAAUCAACCUAAAUUAAACAUU